AUGGGUACCUGGACUUCUUGUUUUGUGACGCAUUAUCCCAAAGUUUUGCUCAUUGAGUCCGCGGAGGGAGAAAGGGUCGAAGGAGAAACUAUCACCGUAUACAUGGGGAAGUGGAACAGCAGGUUCGAAAUCAACAAAGCUUUUCUGCUGGACGAAGUUCCCUUUUUCAGGACAGUGUUCAAGCGUUUCCACCCACACAAUGAGGUGAGGCGGGCCAUGUACCCAAAAGGUGACUCCGAAAGUUUCGGCAUACUUUUGAACUGGCUCUGUACCUACAGGCUACCAGCCUUGACUGCCAAGUUUGAAAAUGGGGAUGGAGAAGUUGAAUACUCUGGUUAUCAACCUGAUAAGCUAUACUAUCUGGUUGUAAAGUUCCAACUUUUCAAUCUAGCAAACCACAUCAUGGAUUGUCUUAUGCCAUGCCAUCAUUAUCUUUAUGUUGGAUUCUCCAAAGAACAGAUAAUGUCCAUAUAUAAGCAAGGCAUUAACAAAGGGGACGAAUUCUUUGGGCUUCGAAAAUUUGUCUCUAUGUGGUUGCUCCACGAGUUGACCAAUUCGCGGUUCGAGAACAAGUUGAGUACAGAGGCCGAGUACGAGUCUCUUCUAGAAGUACCUGAAGUUCUCGGCGACCUAAGGAAGCUUGAUGCUGGUCUCGAAAGAAAAUGCCCAUGGCACCUGUUGACUUGCAGCUUGCAUAAGCAUGACGAUGACAACCGAUGUGCAGAACGGAUGUACAAAUUCGAAACUGUGGAGCCAAGUUAUGGCGAAAUUUCAGUACAUACUCUACUGAGAUAG